AUGUCAUCGAAAUUCCGAAAGCUAUGUGAAAAGUGAAAAAUGCGGCGACCACGACCACAACCGUUCCUCACAACAGCUGUAGGAAGCGUUAUGCUGCAGAUCGUUGCACUGCUGGCGCUAAUCUUGAUAGUGGCACGCAACCCGGUCCGCUGUCUUCAUCUGGAUGUGCAAAAAGUGAACCAUUUAGUGUUAGAUAAUGCAAAGAUCGAUGAAAGGAAUUUGCAUAAUUUUCUCGAGGAACAUGAACAACUGCUGCUGUUUGGUGAUCGCAGAACUGAUGAUUUCAAAAUUGUUAAUGUGCGGCAAAGAAAACGCGAAAGCAGGUCAACACCAGGCAGUGGAUUUCUGCAGUUCAACAUAAGCAACAAUCGUGAGGACAAUUUUUCCCUGCGAUUGCAAAAGUCUGAUAUAUUAAUAGACGAGUCGUUUGCUUUCAUCGAAAGUUACGACAACUCUACCCAGCUGUUGGAUGAUUCCUAUGAUCGUGUGCUGAAAUAUCGCGAUUGCUUUUACCGCAACGAACGUGCCGCGUUCGAUCUGUGCGAGGGUAGUGUGCGCGGUCUGAUACGAAGCAACGAUGCCGAUAUCGUCAUGCAUCCACUGCCGGAAAGAUUCGGCACCGGAGCACAUGUCAUUUUAAAUAGAAAUAAUACGCGGAGCAAUGCAGGCAUCAGCGAUGCUAACGAUACCAAUAUAAUGUUCGAACCAGAGAUGAACGAACCUACGCGAAGGCCAACCGUACCUUACAGACAAAACCAACCGAGGCCUAAACGGCACGUCAGCUCAACCCAUAACACCAAAGUGCCCGAAGUGCUGCACAUCGAGACUGCUAUUUUCAUAGAUAAGGAUUUGUACCGGCAUAUGUCGAAAAAUUAUCCUAAAAAUACCGAAGCACACCUGAUACGGUUUGUGCUGGCAAUGAUCAACGGUGUACAAUUGCUCUACAACCAUCCAUCGUUGGGACACCCGAUAAACUUUAUUCUCAAGCGGUUGGAGAUAUUGCACAAUGAUCCGAAGGAUCUACGGCGAUCAAGCGACAUCGAUAUCUACUUGAACAGCUUUUGCGGCUGGCAGCGAAAAAUGAAUCCAAUUUCCGAUGCAGAUCCGGUACACUUUGACCACGCGGUCAUACUGACUGGGCUGGAUCUGUUUGUAGUGAGCAAGAACGGUAAGGUGAGCAAUCAGGUAGUUGGUUUGGCACCGGUUGCCGGCAUGUGUACGAUCACAUCGAGCUGUACAAUCAAUGAGGGAAAGCAUUUUGAAAGCGUGUUCGUUGUAUCGCAUGAAAUUGGACACAACUUGGGAAUGCGCCAUGAUACAUCGGACAACAAUUGCGAUCCUAGUCUAUACAUAAUGUCACCAACGCUGGGCAGUGGUAAGAUAACAUGGUCAUCCUGCAGUCGAAAUUACUUGAACACAUUUCUAAAAACUACUCAAGCUACCUGUCUGUUCGAUCGCGGACACUACGGAUCUUCGCUUGAUCACGCCGGUGAAGGUAAGUUACCGGGGGAGCGUUUUGAUGCGGAUCAACAGUGUUUGCUGAAAUACGGCAAAGAUAGUACGCGCUCGAAAUCGCAAGAUUUAGCCGACAUCUGUCGAGAUCUUCACUGUCAGCGCGAUCGUUACACGUGGACAUCACAUCCGGCACUGGAAGGAACAAGCUGUGGAAAGUUGAUGUGGUGCAGAAGUGGGAUAUGUGUGUCGAAAAUUCCGGGAUUAACCAUACAUUCCACCGGCAAACAUAUUACCGCAUUUAAAACGAUCGACAAAAAAACAUUCCUGGAGGGAUUAAAGUUUGCCAGCCUGCGACAGGAUAUCUCUCGAACCAUUAAUACGAUACCGACCUGGGAUUCGUGGAGUGAACCGACCGAAUGUGUUUCUGGUUGCUUGUAUGGUGAUUCUGGCCGAUUGAAGGAAGGCAGCACAGGAUUACGGCAGUUUACUAGAAAAUGUCUCGACAAACGCAAAAACUGUUCAGGAUUUAGUCGCAAAUAUGAGACGUGUAUCGCCAAACAGUGCUACAACAUUGCGCGUACAACGAUUCAGGAGUUUUCUAAUCAAAUCUGUGACCGUGCAAAGGAAUUCGAUUCGGACAUUAUCGGUUACGGGUUGCAGAGGGUGGCGGAAGAUCCGGAAGACUCGUGCAAAGUGUUUUGUGAAACUAAGACGGGCACACCAAAAACUAAAAGCUGGAUCUACCCAGACGGUACUGCUUGCAAGGUGCAGAAUGGAGAUUUUGAUGAUGAAUAUUACUGCGUAAGUGGUAGAUGCGAAAAGUUUAGCUGUAAUACUACCUCCAACAAUUACUAUCGAAUCGAUGGAACACUUUGCACGGAUGUGUACCAGUACACCGAGCGGAGUGGUAACAGUAUCCACCAGGAAAAUGUUCGCGACUAUAAAAGUUUGCCGUUGAACCAAAACACUUAUCCAGCUGAUCGGAAAGCGGAAAGUUCUACAACUAGAACAGCAGUGAGCAACUACACCGAACGCAAGUCUUCGGUGGACGCUGAAGGCUACAACAGUAAGGUGGAAAACACGUACAACCGCUGGCGUGAGCGACCAUCCGAACUCAACAGGUUGUCCGAGCUGCAAGGGCGCAAACAUAACUGGGAGGUGAAAUCGGGCUGUCAUUUUAGCUGCAUGGAACGAGGGAAAGGAGUGCAAAUUGUAUCCUCGACUGCCGGGACCAACACCAACAUUCAACUCUGUACCGCUAACACGAUUGCUUGUGACAAAGUGUUAUCAACGUACGAGUUCGCCACACAGUUGUGCAAACGAUAUCAGCAGAAGGUAUCAGGUUUGUCCGGUAUCGGCAUGCAAAUUGCACCGAGCGUGGAGGAUCCGGAUAGGAGCUGUCGGGUUGCCUGUCAGGAUACGUUCAUCAGGCAUCGCUUCUACCUCGUAAAUGGAGAGCAAGGACAUUUUCCAUUCGGGACGCGAUGCAACCAUAACGAAUCGAAUCGUUAUUGCAUCAAUGGCAAAUGCUUGCAUUUUGGCAAUGAUGAUACCCCAGUGAACGAGUCGUACAACGCGCUUCCAAAUGUUCGUAUCAAAAGAUCUGCUUACCGAAGCAAAAGACAUUUCGAACACUUCACUCCAAUUAACAUUACCGAACGAAUAAGCCAGGAGUUUUUGGAACAUUUAAUUGCCACCAUCGACUUUGCCCGGGCUGCCAGCGAUAGCAGUGACGUAGACCGAUGA